CCCCUUAGGCGAGUUUAUAGUCAGCUGUUAUUGACGUAACUUUACUUUUUCUUUGGAUUUUUGCUAGAAAACUGAAAUUGAAAUGGUUCGUCCAACACUCAUCAGCCUGGCCAAGCGUGUACCGCUCAUUACUUUCCGCAAGGGGGGAGCGGGAACUCUCGGCGCCCAGGCCGCAAACCAGCAGGCAAGUUCCCAGCCAGCAGGAGGCAAAAAGUUGGCGGGUGGACCAGCAAUUGAGGAUUACGAACUGCCUGCACGGUUCGCCCGGAAACGUAUCGAUCCCGAGGAGGCGGCGUACAUAAACAAUGGAGGUGUUCCAAACUAAAAAAUCCCAUGCUUGUAAAAUAUAUUAAUGUCACAGCUGUUUUAGACGUCACGCAAAAUCACACAUGUUUAGCAUAAAUUAUUCAAGUUCGAAUUAAAAUGGUCAAAAUGAA